GUAUAAAUCGAAGCAGAUUACUUUCAACUUCAGGAUAGAUGGGAACAAUUGCAAUUAUCCUAAAACUACACUUUCUUAUUUCUCUUAAUUCACAAAUUAAUUUUAGUCUGUAGUCGUGUUUUAUUGAUAAAACUACAUUAAAACUAGCCCAUACUUCUGUGAUUGUAAAUGUGUGGGCUGGUUUUCUUGUACGAACCACAACGAUCAUUUUGUAUGACAGAUUUUUUUAAAGUAGAGAAAACGUAACAUCCAUAUAAACCAAUCUACUCUUUACAAACUAAGAUGUUUCGUGCUUUGCAUAAUGCUUUUCUGAACCAAUUCUUUUAUACAAAAUUUUUAAAUCGCAUUUUUCUUACAAUGAAAACAAAGCGAGAAUUAGAAGCUACGGGAGGUAACUCUUAUAAUGUGUUUCGAUAUAGGCUAGUGUAUACUUCCGGGGCAAAAUGCAAAAAUAGAGAUUGUUGAUGUUGUGUACUUUCGUUUUCACGAAUUCAUCUUCAACGUUCGUUGUUUUAUCUUCAUAAUACAGUUAUUUGAUCAACCAUACAGAAUCUGGAUCUAGAUCUAGAUGUCUAGAUCUAAAAUCGAGCAUAUUUUUACUCUUCUUUUCAUACCGAAUAUUUGGUGGGCUCUUUGCCAGAAUGGGCAGGAAAGCCAAGAAAGCUGCAAAGAGAAAAUUGGAAGGUACCGAUACCCCAGAGGUUUUGAAGAAGAAGGAGGCACAUGAAGAACUUGCCAACACAAUCAAAGGUCUUCACUGGAGAUUGCGAAAGGAAUACAGAGCAAACAAUGAAGACCACGAUGCGGUGUGGCAGCGGCACAGUCAGGACGUGGGGUCGCUGGAGAAGUACGCGGAGGCGAUGCAUCGUCUUGCCACAGAGCACUGGGACUGCCACGGCCACACACGCGUACACUGGUGCAGGGACACGGCGCUCGAGUUUUUCCUCAAGGACGGAAUGAAGUUAGCCUUAGCCAAAGAUGCUAGAAGGAGGGCGUUUGAGGAAGAAAGAUUUCAACAGGAACAGGCCAGAGCAGAAAGUGAGGGGAAAAGCAUAGCCCUAGAUCCUUCACUGACUCAAGAGGAAGACAAUGUUGUCAAAAGUAUUAAUUCCUCCGAGAGGGACUCUGGUGACCAGCCUCGAGAAAGCAGAGCGAAGGUCUCAUGUCCCUCUAAACAACCUGAACAUGAAGACGUUAAACAAAUUUCACUCAGAUCUGAACUUUGUGUUCCCUCCGAGAACAUUGGUCACCAAGGGCUGUCUCCAGAUGAAGAGCACCAACCUAAUGUGGGUACUACCAGCAUUACUGACCAGUCUGGUGAUGUUAAGGAAGAACUAAGUUCAAGCGUUGUGGAACAUUUGCCAAAGACUGAAAGCAGUAUGGUGGCUGAAAAUGAGAGUGAUGGUGUUUUCAAAGACGAAGACAGAGUGCCUGUGAU